UCAAAGCGCUGGCGCGGCUUCCACGGGCCAGCUCCUCGUCGCCCCGUGCGUGCGUGCGUGCGUGCGUCUGUCGUGUUCCUCUUCUUCCCCAACCCAGCCAAUUGAGCCGCCGUCCGUCGCAAGGAGCUCCCGCCGGCGGCGCAGCGCAGGGCCAGACAUUCGGCGGCGAGAGCGUUCGGGGCGGGGAAGAGGUGGUCGCGGAUCGGCGCACGCAAAUUCGGGCCUCCUUGCUUGAGACUUGAGAGGAGUUGUCAAUUUUUGUGGGGAUGGCCGGAAAAGGAAGCUAUGUUCCGCCUCAGUAUGUUCCUUUAUAUGGCUUAGAUCCUGAAGACAAUUGUGUUCCUCCUGUGGAGGAGAACCAUGCGACACGCCAUAAACUAAGCCGCGAUACGACACAGUGGUCUUCAGGCAUCUGUGCUUGUUUUGAUGAUCCACAGAGCUGUUGUAUUGGUGCGACUUGCCCCUGUUUCCUUUUUGGAAAGAAUGCACAAUUCUUGGGAUCUGGAACUCUUGCUGGAUCAUGCACUACACAUUGCAUGCUUUGGGGUCUUCUUACAAGUCUCUGCUGCGUAUUUACUGGGGGCCUUGUAUUAGCAGUUCCAGGGUCUACUGUUGCUUGCUACGCUUGUGGGUAUCGCAGCGCACUAAGAACAAAAUACAAUCUUCCGGAAGCACCAUGCGGGGAUUUGACGACACACUUAUUCUGUCACUUGUGUGCCAUAUGCCAAGAGUACAGGGAGAUCCGCGAGAGGACAAACAGUAGCACCUCUUCAGCUCCUAAUUUGACUCCACCUCAAAUGCAGACGAUGGAUGAGCCUUGAAAUUAAUAGAAGAUACGAAGGUAUCCUGUCUGACAAAUCUUUGGUUGGUGACUUGGUGCUGCCUUUGCCUGCUAGCGUUAUUUUUGUUGUUGUACUCUGCUCCCACAGUAUAACUAUGAAAUCUGGUUUCAUAGUGUUGUUGUAAAGAUGACUUUUGAACCAGUGAGUCACAGAGUUUGUACGCAUAGCUGGAUCAUUGGACUGUAGCCUCGCCACCGGCGUGUGCUUCAUGAUGAAGCCCCGCGUCGAGACGACUUUGCCCUAGAUUAGGGGUUGAAACAGCCGAGCCGAGCUAGCUUUUGGGCAAGCCGAGCCAAGCUCGGGUUGACUACUUGACCGAGAUAAAAAAGAGUUUGGCUCGGGCUUGUAGCUGGCUCGAGCCGGUUCGACUUGGCUCAAGAGUCUAGUCUGCUGGGCUGCUGGCUGCUCUGAAGUUUGUCCUCUAUCUACUCACCUAAACAGC